UUGAAGUUCCAGCCCGAGCUAUUACUUGGUACGGGUACCACUGCAGUAGAUUAUUUUAUUGUUUUAUUGAAUUUCAUUUUAUUUUACCCAAGUAGCCAAGUCACCGCCGACGUGACUCAAUCCCAAGGUUCUUGAGGUUUACCUUCUUUUCUCAGUUCAUGAUACCUAUUGAUUGACCCUUUCUUUUUUUAAUUCUCUGGUCAAAUUAUUUUAUUUAUUUCCUCAAGCCACUUGAAGCUCUUAAGGUACUUCAAAGUAGCUAUCAGAGCCCUUUUCCUACAAUAAACACUCUGAAGUACAUAAAUACUUUGCAAGAACCGCAACCAUGGAGGAGAAUAAGCCAGCUGAGCCUUCCAAGAGCGCCUUGAAGAAGGCCGAGAAGGAGGCCAAGAAGGCCGCUGAGAAAGCUGCAAAGGCGGCCAAGCAAACUACUCUCCCAGUAGUUGGCGGUGGAAAGAAGGCCGAUGACAUUAUAGGUAUCACCGUCUCAAAGGCCGAUAACUUUCCGCAAUGGUACCAAGAAGUCGUACUCAAGGCCGAGAUGGUUGAGUACUAUACCGAAAUCUCGGGAUUCUUCAUCAUGCGUCCGGCCACUAUGUACAUCUGGAAUGUCAUUCGCAAAUGGUUCACCGAGCGCAUUGAGGAAAUGGGUGUUGACGAGACAAACUUUCCCAUGUUCUUGUCCCAAAAGUCACUAGAGAAAGAGAAGGACCACGUCGAGGGCUUUGCUCCCGAAUUGGCCUGGGUUACGAAGGCAGGUGACAAGAACCUCGAAGUCCCCGUUGCGGUCCGCCCUACCUCGGAAGCCGUCAUGUACCCCUACUACGCGAAGUGGAUUCGAAGCCACAGAGAUCUUCCCUUCAGACUCAACCAGUGGAACUCGGUCGUUAGAUGGGAAGCAAAGCAAACUACCCCCUUCUUGAGAGCAAGAGAGUUCUUGUGGCAAGAAGGUCACACCGCACAUCUUACCGAAGAGCUUGCUGGAGAAGAGGUCUUGCAAAUCCUGGAGCUUUACGCUGGCAUCUACGAACAGCUACUCGCUGUCCCAGUCGUGCGAGGUAAGAAGACGGAGAAUGAGAAGUUCGCUGGUGGAUACUAUACAACUACAGUCGAAGGUUACAUUCCUUCCAACGGACGAGGUAUUCAAGGUGGUACCUCGCACUGUCUUGGACAAAACUUUAGUAAAAUGUUCGACAUCACCGUCGAAGACCCCAAUGAGAAGGGCAAGCACAUCAAUGUCUGGCAAAACUCGUGGGGUCUGUCGACUCGUGUUAUUGGUGUCAUGGUCAUGAUUCACGGCGAUGACAAGGGAUUGGUUCUCCCUCCACGGAUCGCCAAGGUACAAACAAUCCUAAUCCCGGUUGGCAUCACCAAGAGCACUACCCCUGAGGAUAAGACGAAGCACUAUGAGAAGCUGGCCGAUAUCAAGAGUACCCUCAAGAAGGCGGGUAUUCGCGUGGAGGACGAUCUGAGAGAUGGCUACACCCCGGCCUGGAAGUUCAACGACUGGGAAUUGAAGGGUGUCCCACUUCGUCUAGAGUUUGGACCCAAGGAUGCGGCCAAGGACGUCGUCAGUUUCGCGCGCCGGGAUACUGGUGAGAAGGGAACUAUUGCUCUAGCUGAACUGGCCACGAAGGUCCCUGAGCUUCUCGAGACUAUCCAGGCCGAUAUGUACAGCAAGGCCGAGAAGUCCUACCGAGAACACCGCAUUGUCAUCAAGAAAUGGGAGGAUGUUAUCCCUGCCCUCGAUGCCAAGAACGUUGUUAUCAUUCCCUUCUGCCUUGACGGCAAAUGCGAGGACAAGAUCAAGGAGUUGACCACGGGACGCACAGACGAGGAUCCUGAUACCCCCGAAGCACAAAAGGCCCCGUCUAUGGGUAUGAAGAGUUUGUGUAUUCCCUUUGAACAGCCGGAAGAACUAGCCAAGGGCUCCACCAAGUGCUUGAACCCGGAAUGUCAACGAUUAGCUGAGACGUUUGUUAUGUUUGGUCGUAGUUAUUAAGCUAGGCCUUCGUAUUUGAAGUCAGGAAUCUUUACGCAGAAACUGGGCAAAUGGAUGUAGGAAGAUAUCGGGUGCGGGAGUGAGAUUUCAGAUGCGGGAGUGACAUGGUUCUGAAAUGGCGGGCUAUAGUGGAUUUGCUUACAAGAAUUCUAAGAAGUGACUGUCUUCACAUUUCAUGGCUCAUUGGUGUAACUAUAAAACCGGACUUGGUGAUGCCGAAUGUAGCAGGUAAGGGUAAAAACGGCGCGAUCGUGAGAUGCUACUCCAGAUCCAUAAUCAUUUAUAAGUGUAUGCAUAUGAUCGCAUUCAGCUACCUAAAGUUAAGCCCGUUCAAACCGUCUCAGGUGGUUCAUUUAUCCGACGAUGAAAGAAAAGGGGGGCGAUUAUC